GUGUUGCAAACUAAUCCCUCAAGCACCAAGUCUGACAGGAGGCGGAUAAAAUGGCCUGCAGCUAGCAUGACCUCACUCUGGAAAAAGUUCGAUGACGAUGUCGACCAAAUUCUGGAGGCAAUGGCGAAAGGAGAGGCCGACAGGAAGCUACGAGCUAUGACUACAAUCAUUGUCAGCAUCGCAGCUGAGCGGUUUGGCGAGGAGGAGAAGAAAAGCUCCGGAACGUCUUACUCAAAGAAUCAAAGAGCUGUAAGGAUCCACAACAUCAGGCAGGAGAUGAAAGCGCUGAAAUCCCAGUACAAGGCGGCAGGACAAGAGGAUCGCAUUGGCCUGGCCCAGCUAAUGUGCAUCCUUCGGAAAAACAUCAGAGUUCUCCGCCGGGCUGAGUGGCAUCGGAGGCGGCGGUGCGAGAGGGCACGUAAACGUGCUGCUUUCAUCGCUAACCCCUUCAAGUUCACUAAGGAUUUGCUGGGGCAGAAGCGCAGUGGCAAACUGGCCUCCUCGCAGGAAGACAUAGACCAACAUCUGAAGCAGACGUACAGCGACCCAGUAAGAGAGCAGGAGUUGGGAGAGUGUAACAACCUCAUAGAACCCCCUGAACCAGAAGUGCAGUUUGACAUGUCGGAGCUGCAGCUAAAGGAAGUCAGGGAGGUUGUCUGCAAAGCUAGGGCAAGCUCUGCACCAGGACCGAGUGGCACUUCAUACAAAGUGUACAAGAACUGUCCCAAACUCCUGCUGCGUCUGUGGAGAAUCCUGCGAGUCUUCUGGAGAAGAGGGAGGAUCCCUGAACAAUGGAGAGUGGCUGAAGGGGUAUGGAUCCCGAAGGAGGAAAACUCCACUCAGCUAGACCAGUUCCGCAUCAUCUCCCUGCUGUGUGUUGAGGCAAAGAUUUUCUUCAGUGCGGUUUCCAAACGGCUGUGUACCUACCUGGCAAAGAACACCUACAUCGAUACAUCUGUCCAGAAAGGCGGCAUUCCAGGAAUGUCAGGAUGUGUGGAGCAUACUGGUGUGGUGACACAGCUCAUUCGGGAGGCCAGAGAGAACAAGGGCAACCUGUCAGUGUUGUGGCUUGACCUGGCAAAUGCAUUCGGUUCCAUUCCACACAAGCUGGUUCAGCUCACCUUGAGAAAACAUCAUGUACCCAGCAGGUGUAGAGACCUCAUCGCUGAUUAUUACAGCAAUUUCAGGAUGAGGGUCUCUUCAGGAGCAAUAACAUCCAGUUGGCACAAGGUGGAGAUCGGUAUCAUCACAGGGUGUACUAUCUCUGUGACAUUGUUCUCCCUAGCCAUGAACAUGCUCACUAAGUCUGCUGAGCCAGAGUGCAGAGGGCCCCGCACGAAUUCCGGACAACGGCAACCACCCAUCAGGGCAUUCAUGGAUGACCUCACAGUCAUGACGGAAUCGGUCCCAGGCUGCCGGUGGAUUCUGAGGGGACUUGAAAAGCUGGUGGAGUGGGCCCGGAUGCGUUUCAAACCCGCCAAAUCCAGAUCAAUGGUGCUGAGGAAAGGGAAGGUGGAGGACAAGUUCCGGUUUAACAUCACAGGCACAGCCAUUCCAACUAUCACAGAGAAGCCAGUCAAGAGCUUGGGCAAGGUUUUUGACUGCUCUCUGAGAGACACAACAUCUAUCCAGUCAACCUGCACUGAGUUGGAUGGCUGGCUGAAAUCCGUGGACAAGUCAGGCCUACCUGGGAAGUUUAAAGCCUGGGUCUACCAACAUGGCAUUCUUCCCAGGAUCCUGUGGCCCCUCCUUGUCUAUGCGGUCCCUAUCUCAACAGUUGAGACCUUGGAGAGGAAAGUCAGCAAACACCUCCGGAGAUGGCUUGGAUUACCAAGGAGCCUGAGCAGCAUUGCACUCUACGGGAACACCAACAAACUGCGACUGCCUUUCAAAUCCUUGGAGGAGGAAUUCAAGGUAACUAGAGCCAGAGAAGUGGUUCAGUACAGGGACUCAAGUGAUCCGAAGGUGGCUAAAGCAGGGAUCCAAGUGAGGACUGGCAGGAAAUGGAGGGCAGAGGAUGCGGUUCAAGAGGCAGAUGCAAGGCUGCGUCACAGGAGCCUGGUGGGAGUGGUCACACGAAGUCGAGCAGGGCUAGGAUCCUUUCCAACUCCCCAAAUGAACACCAGGGGGAAGGAAAGGCGACGACUUGUUCAGGAGGAGGUGAGAGCAGCAGUGGAGGAGACGAGAACCUGCAAGGCAGUGGGAAUGAAGCAACAGGGAGCUUGGACGAGGUGGGAGAAUGCGGUUGAAAGGAAAGUGACCUGGGCUGAGCUUUGGAAAGCCGAGCCUCACCGCAUCAAAUUCCUCAUCCAGGCAGUGUAUGACGUGCUUCCAAGCCCGUCAAAUCUGCACAUAUGGGGCAUAGCAGAGACACCAGCAUGCCCACUGUGUUCCAAGCGAGGAACCCUGGAACACAUCCUCAGUUGCUGUACAAGGGCACUUGGAGAUGGUCGGUACAGGUGGAGGCAUGACCAAGUCCUCAAGACCAUUGCUGAAGCCAUCAGCGCAGGACUGGCGUGGGCAAAGCAAUUCCGACCCUCCAAGAUAACCAUCGCCUUUGUCAGAGCUGGGGACAAGCCAACUCCUGCCAGAAGAACAUCAUCUGCAGGCAUCCUGACGUCUGCAAGAGACUGGCAGUUGUUGGUGGACCUUGAACAUCAGCUGAAGUUCCCCAGCCAUAUUGCAGUCACCACCCUGCGACCAGACAUUGUCCUUGUGUCUGAAUCCACCAAGCAAGCAGUGCUGCUGGAGCUGACAGUCCCGUGGGAAGAUCGCUUGGAAGAAGCCUUUGAGAGGAAGCUCUCCAAGUACGCAGGACUGGUCAGUGACUGCCAGCAGGCUGGCUGGAGAGCAAGGUGUUUCCCUGUGGAGGUUGGAUGCAGAGGAUUUGCAGCCCGUUCCUUGGCCAGAGCCUUCAGUAGUUUAGGCAUCGAGGGUGAGAGAAAGAGGAGAGCCAUCCGCAGUACCACCGAUGCGGCAGAGAGAGCCUCAAGAUGGCUGUGGCUCAAAAGAGGGGAGCCAUGGAGUCAUGGUAGCUAGCUAGUCAUCUGGACACAAGCUGGGGUCUGAUCAGCCCCGGCUGGGUCACCUGGAGGAGGGCGUAUGAUGUUGAAAGACCCGAAACGUCCAAUGAUUCCAGGAACAUCACUGAAGAUGUGUCCAGA